AUGGAGAGCACAAGAGUGUUUGUCUCUGGCCUCCCCCCAACAUUAACCAAUGAUCAACUCAAGAAACACUUUGAAACUCGCUUUCAUGUCACGGAUGCUCAUGUCCUGCCAAAACGGAGGAUUGGCUUCGUGGGCUUCAAAAGCUCUGAGGCGGCUCAGCAGGCUGUUUCUUACUUCAAUAAGACAUAUAUGAGGAUGUCCAAGAUUUCAGUAGACAUUGCUAAGCCGAUUGAUGCGGAACCUGCCCACCGCAAGGACAGUAGAACAGCUCAGCCCGACGAUGCCUUGGGAAACAAUCUCAAGCGUAAGCGCGAUGGGGAUACUAUCAAGGAUUCUAAAACGCAAGAGUAUCUUUCCCUCUUACAGCAACCAUCUAAGACCCGAACGUGGGCAAAUGAUGAUCAGCUACCUGAUCCUGAUGAGACCGACUCACAUGCACAAGAACAAGAACAGCCUUUCGACGUCGAUGAUCAGGAGGAACUGACAUACGCUCAGAGGAAAAAGGCAAAACUGGGUCAGGAUGCAAACGAAAGCUCUCAUGUUCCAGUAGUUGCUGGCUAUCAACCUACAACUGACGAAAGCGAUGGUCAACCCUCGCCUGAAAAACAUGAAGAGGAGUUGGAGGACCCGCAAAAGGACCAGGCGCCUGUUUCUGACUCUGACUGGCUGCGCUCAAAAACAAGUCGCCUUCUAGGCUUGCUAGACGAAGAUGAACAAGAAACGUUUGCGUCCCCUGCGGCGGCCACGAAUCCUACGCCAAUAAUCAACUCCAACGUUGAGAAGCCCGAAGCUGAGAGUCCGGAGAAGCCCGCUGAGAGCGACUUGACGAAAGCGCCCACAGCAGCGGAAGUUGACACGAACAUCGAAAACAUCCGCAUUUCAGCACGUUUAUUUGUCAGAAAUUUGUCUUACGAGACGAAAGAGUCAGAACUCGAGCCGGUUUUUUCGCCUUUUGGCAAAAUUGAAGAAAUUCAUGUUGCCUUCGAUACAAGAUUUACGACCAGCAAAGGAUUUGCGUACGUUCAGUACGCUGAUCCUGACGCGGCUGUUGAAGCGUACAGAAAUUUAGAUGGAAAGAUCUUUCAGGGUCGCUUAUUACAUAUUCUGCCUGCAUCGCAGAAGAAGACGUACAAGCUAGACGAGCACGAGCUGUCCAAAUUGCCGUUAAAGAAGCAAAAGCAGAUCAAGCGAAAACAGGAGGCUGCUUCUUCAACGUUCAGCUGGAACUCCCUGUAUAUGAAUGCUGAUGCCGUCAUGUCUUCCGUUGCUGAACGAAUUGGUGUCUCCAAAGCUGACCUUUUGGAUCCCACUUCGUCGGAUGCCGCUGUCAAGCAGGCCCAUGCUGAAACGCAUGUAAUCCAAGAGACAAAAGCUUAUUUCAAAGCAAACGGUGUAAAUUUGGACGCUUUCAAGCAACGAGAGCGCGGAAAUCUCGCCAUUUUAGUAAAGAACUUCUCGUAUGGCACAAAAACCGAAGACCUUCGCAAAUUAUUUGAACCCUUCGGACAAAUCACCAGGCUGUUGAUGCCGCCGAGCGGCACAAUAGCUAUUGUGGCAUUCGCGCGACCGGAUGAAGCGCAGAAGGCUUUCAAAAGCCUAGCGUACCGAAAACUUGGUGACUCGAUCCUCUUUUUGGAGAAGGCACCAAAAGACCUUUUUGAGGCGGAUGUUCCACCUCAGAACCCACUGCCAGAAACCAAAGCCGUCUCGCAAGGUUUCUCAACCGCAGAUACUUUUGCUGCGGAUGAAGGUGACGAAGAAGUUAUGGCUACUGCAACGUUGUUCAUCAAGAACCUUAACUUCUCCACAACUAAUCAAUCUUUGAUAGAAGCGUUCAGGCCGCUGGAUGGCUUUGUUUCCGCAAGGAUAAAAACCAAACCUGAUCCCAAAAACCCUGGUCAGACACUGAGCAUGGGCUUUGGUUUCGCCGAUUUCAAAACCAAGGCCCAGGCCCAGGCUGCUCUCGCUGUGAUGAAUGGCUACACGCUUGACCGGCACACAUUGGUAGUAAGGGCAUCUCAUAAGGGCAUGGAUGCAGCCGAGGAAAGAAGAAAGGAGGACACUGCGAAGAAGAUCGCUGCACGACGUACCAAGAUCAUCAUUAAGAACUUGCCGUUCCAGGCCACGAAGAAAGACGUCAGGUCGCUUUUCGGGGCUUAUGGCCAGCUCCGGUCUGUGCGGGUGCCCAAGAAGUUCGACCGGUCUGCUCGGGGUUUUGGUUUCGCUGAUUUUGUAAGCGCUCGAGAAGCGGAAAAUGCCAUGGAUGCCUUGAAGAACACACACCUUCUCGGCAGGCGAUUGGUAUUGGAAUUCGCGAACGAGGAGGCCAUAGAUGCCGAAGAGGAGAUUCAAAGAAUCGAAAAGAAGGUAGGGGAGCAGCUGGACAGGGUCAAGCUCCAAAAGCUCACUGGAGCUGGGCGCAAAAAGUUCACUGUAGGGGCCCAGGACGACGAGAGCUAGAGUCCCUUCUCCCUGUCGAUAGGUGCAAAUCCAGGUCGACUUUCGCGAUACUAUCCCUUGCUUUCCGGAUAGAAGCAGCGCACACGUUCCUGUCAGUACCUGCAUACAUACGCGUCCUGCAAAGUGCCGUCCACUCGUGCAUCCGAACCUUAGAUACCCUGUAUCGCAUUACUAUUACUGUCUUUCUGGGAUCUCUCUCGAUGUAAGCGUCUCCUUAAGUCCUAUACAACUAGGUACUCGCACCCUGGAUAUUCCAACUCCUAGGGCU